ACAACCACACCCAAGUUAAGCUGCGGAGAUUGAUCUAUCUGAUACGGAUUUCGUUUUCAAACUAUAGUACACACUCCAUUCUCCACGUAAAAUGCAAGGCACAUUUUAGCCCGUCUUACAAAAAGGUUCGACACUUCAUCGAGCUUCACUACAUUCACAAGCACCUACAUGACCAUAUGCUCUGCUCCCUCCGGCAGUUCGCCUUGUGAAAUCCUUCAGACAACACUGACCACGCCAAUUCUUAAUUAACUCAGACAACACCGAACAUGGCUGAAAUACUACAACGAAAACACAGUGCUUUCGCAGCACAGGCUUCAGCUUCAGCAGCUCAGCAGAUUCUAGAACAUAAAGCCCCAGAGUACAAGUUUUCAUUCACACCAUUUUUGUUUAAUAACUUCCGCAUGGGUAUUUCUCCCGAUCGGCCCACAUGUAAAGCAUAUCUUCAAGGACACUGCCCUUUGGGUACCAAUUGCCCUGAUAAGCAUGCUACCAAUCCCAAUAAUACAUGGAACUUUAACAACAUGGUAUGCAAACAUUGGCUGAGAGGCCUUUGUAAGAAGGGUGAAACCUGCGAGUUUCUUCAUGAGUUCAACUUAAGGAAGAUGCCAGAAUGUAACUUUUUUGUGAAGAACGGCUAUUGCUCCAAUGGAGGUACGUUUAAGAACCGUCUAAUGCUUUAAGGGAUCCACUAACCAGUCCAGAUGAAUGCCUAUAUCUACAUGUUGAUCCUGCCUCUAAGGUUGGAAACUGCCCCCACUACGAUAAAGGGUUUUGCCCACUUGGUCCCAGGUGCUCUAAAAAGCAUAUUCGCAAGGCUAUCUGCGAAUUCUACCUAGCAGGAUUUUGUCCCGAUGGACCAAAAUGUAAAAGGGCACAUCCAAGAUGGCCUUCUGACUUACCCAAGCCAACUAUCAAGGUUGAGAAAGACCCGGAAGAAGUUGCCGAAGAACAAGCGAGAAUUAGAGAGAACGCUGAGAGAGAGGCGGAUAGGGAAAGAGGAUUCCCUGAAGGGCGGCCGAGACAGAGAUGGAGAGGUGGUUUUAGCUUUCGUGGAAGGGGCGGUGGAGGGGAGAGGGGCCAACGGGGACGCGGACAUUAAGGAUGCGAAACCAAUAUUCGAAAUUUUAUGCAUUUGAUGAGGGGAACCCUGAUGAUGGAGUACACAUGCAUGGAAUACGGCUACCUUCCAUCAGGAUGCAAUGUUUUCAAAGUGCAAAUUGCGGGUUCCAUAAGUGCCUUCAUCUUCACUUCACGACCCAUUGGUGUCACGCUACCCUAACUGUCACGCCAGUAUUAACAGAACCUUAAGAAAACUGGUCUAUCAUACGAGGCAAGCCACCGUCCCGCAAAUUAUGCAAGCAAGCCGUCUUCAUCACAAUAAGGCUGAGACAAGACCUAGGACUUGGACAUAUUCCAGCCACCUUUUGACAAGG